CGACGUUCGCGUGCGCACUGUGCGGAGCUUAGCGCCGCGGAGCCGCCGUCCAACGCAAGGAACGGAGUCGCAGACGACGCAGGACACGCACGUACGCACGCGGGACGGAAAACAUGGCGAGCUAUCACAAGCCGGAGCUGAAGACCAUCCAGGAGCUGCGGGACAUCGCGAACAAGCUGAGGAUUCACGCGAUCGAGGCCACGCAGGCCAGCAAAUCCGGACAUCCAACAUCAUGUUCGUCCAUGGCCGAAAUUAUGUCCGUCCUCUUCUUCCAUACGAUGCGUUACAAAGUAUCAGCACCACGUGAUCCGAACAGUGAUAGAUUUGUCCUCAGUAAAGGCCACGCGGCUCCAAUUCUUUACGCAGCAUGGGCGGAAGCAGGCUUGUUCCCGUCUAGCGAGUUACUGAACUUGAGAAAAUUCGACAGCGAUUUAGAAGGCCACCCUACCCCGAGGCUCAAUUUUGUAGACGUAGGAACCGGUUCACUAGGACAAGGUCUCUCAGUUGCCGCGGGCAUGGCUUAUGUCGGAAAGAAUUACGAUAAAGCCAGUUACCGUGUUUACUGUUUGAUUGGUGACGGAGAAGCGGCUGAAGGUUCCAUCUGGGAAGCUCUUCAUUUCUCAUCCUAUUACAAGUUGGACAAUCUUUGUGCUAUCUUUGACAUCAAUCGUCUUGGACAAAGCGAACCGACCUCGCUGCAACAUAACAUGGAAGUUUACCGCAAAAGAUUAGAGGCUUUCGGUUUCAAUGCUUUAGUCGUGGAUGGCCAUGACGUAGAAGAAUUGGCGAAGGCCUUCCAUGAAGCGCAAAAUACAAAAGGACGUCCCACUGCCAUUUUAGCUAAGACUUUUAAGGGCAAAAACUUCCCUGAGAUCGAAGAUCAAGAAAACUGGCACGGCAAGCCUCUGGGUAACAAAGCGACUGAAGUUAUUCAGCAUUUGAAUGGGCUUCUGAAGAACCCUGGUCCUCUCGCACUGCAUCCACAAAAGCCGCUUGUAGAUGAUGCUCCCGUUGUAGCUAUCAGCAACGUUACAUUGGCUUCACCUCCAAAUUACAAAUCAGGCGAACAAGUAGCUACUAGAUUGGCUUACGGCACGGCUCUUGCAAAGCUGGCAAAGAGUAAUCCUCGUGUCAUAGCUUUGGACGGUGAUACAAAGAAUUCCACUUACGCCGAGAAGAUCAAAGCCGUUGAUCCGGCUAGAUUUAUCGAAGGAUUCAUUGCCGAACAGAAUGUUGUGGGUGUCGCCAUUGGUACUGCUUGCAGAGACCGUACCGUCGCGUUCGUAUCCGCUUUCGCGACGUUCUUCACCCGUGCCUUCGAUCAGAUCCGCAUGGGUGCGAUAUCUCAGACGAACGUGAACUUCGUCGGUUCGCAUUGCGGCGUGUCUAUCGGCGAAGAUGGACCUUCGCAGAUGGGCUUAGAGGACAUCGCGAUGUUCCGUGCGAUCCCAGGUUCUACCAUCUUUUACCCGAGCGACGCUGUGUCAACGGAACGCGCCGUCGAACUUGCGGCUAACACCAAGGGCAUCUGUUUUAUUCGCACUUCUCGCCCGGCCACGGCCAUUUUGUAUAAGAACGACGAGCCGCUGGCUGUCGGUAAAGCCAAAGUGGUUAAAUCUUCCGCUAAGGAUCAGGUGCUCGUGAUCGGUGCCGGUGUGACAUUGCACGAGGCAAUCAAGGCGGCCGACGAGUUGACCAAGGUUGGGAUCAACAUCCGUGUGAUAGAUCCGUUCACGAUCAAACCCAUCGACGCGCAAACCAUCAUAAAGAACGCCAAAGAGGUUGGUGGCAGGAUCGUCACCGUUGAGGAUCAUUACGCGCAAGGAGGCCUGGGAGAAGCGGUCCAGUCCGCGGUCGCUUUGGAAAGAAACGUAAUAGUAAAGAAGCUGGCCGUGCCGGAUGUACCGCGUUCCGGUCCGUCAGCGGUACUGCUCGACAAUUACGGCAUCAGUGCCCGUAACAUUGUCGCGGCGGUGCAGGAGAUUGUGAAAUAUUAGUCUCGCAGCUACGGAUCGCUGGUUAGAUCGACGGGGAGCUGUUUAUGUACGAACAAUAUUCUAUUUUUUUUUUCAAAGCACAAAUCUCGAUGGAGUAUACAUGGACGAAACAUUCCAUCUCCUUUAAGACGUU